UCGACUCCUGCCCGCGCCCAGUCCUCCUGCCUCGUCGGUGUGACCGGAGUUUCUCUUCCGCUGACAGCCUGCUGUCACACAGCGACCAUGUUAUCCCAUUCCCGGUGUCUCACCAGGAAUUUCGGCCGCUCCCUCUCUGUCAUCCGCCAGGGAAACAAUGCGUUUGCUCGUCGGGCCACUGCAGUUCUAUCAGCUUGUCAUCCUGUCACUUUAAACAACAAUGUACCAUAUAAUCCUGGAUCCAGUGUCUUCCAAAUCCAGUACUUCAGGACAUCUGUAGCUUACAGAGAUGAAGUUGUCACAGUCAAGACUCCUGCCUUUGCAGAGUCUGUCACAGAGGGGGAUGUAAGGUGGGAGAAAGCUGUUGGAGACACUGUCUCUGAGGAUGAGGUGGUGUGCGAAAUUGAAACAGAUAAGACAUCAGUGCAGGUUCCCUCUCCUGCUGCUGGAGUGAUAGAAGAGCUUUUGGUCCCAGAUGGAGGGAAGGUCGAGGGAGGGACGCCACUUUUCAAGCUUAAAAAAGGAGCCGGCGCAGCCAAAGCUCCAGAAGCUCCAAAAGUUGAGGCUCCAGCUGUCGCGGCCCCUCCGCCACCUUCUGCUGCUCCGACUCCCCCUCCCUCUUCCACUGUGGGGCCCAUUCCCACCACCUUGCCCCCAGUGCCACCUGUGCCAGCACAUGCUAUGGACACCAAACCAGUUUCAGCCAUCAAACCCACUGCUGCUCCAGCUGCACCAGCUGCCCAUGCAGAGGGAGGAGCCAAAUCCGCAAGGACAGAGAGCAGAGUUAAGAUGAACCGCAUGAGACUAAGAAUUGCCCAGAGACUGAAGGAAGCCCAAAACACCUGUGCUAUGUUGACUACGUUUAAUGAGGUCGACAUGAGUAACAUCACGGAGAUGAGGAAGGCUUACAAAGACGCGUUUCUGAAGAAGCACAACAUCAAGCUGGGCUUCAUGUCUGCGUUCGUGAAGGCCGCCGCCCACGCUCUAGUUGACCAGCCCGCUGUCAACGCAGUGAUCGACGACACCACCAAAGAGAUUGUGUACAGGGAAUACGUUGACAUCAGCGUCGCAGUGGCAACGCCGAAGGGUCUGGUGGUUCCUGUAAUACGAAACGUGGAGGAGAUGAACUUCGCUGACAUUGAGAAGGCGAUCAAUUUGUUGGGGGAAAAGGCACGUAAAAACGAGCUAGCUGUCGAGGACAUGGAUGGAGGCACCUUCACCAUCAGCAACGGUGGCGUGUUUGGGUCCAUGUUUGGCACGCCUAUAAUCAACCCACCUCAGUCUGCUAUUUUGGGCAUGCAUGGCAUCUUUGACAGACCUGUAGCGAUUGGUGGCAAGGUGGAGAUCCGUCCAAUGAUGUAUGUCGCUUUGACAUAUGACCAUCGUCUCGUCGAUGGAAGAGAGGCCGUCACUUUCCUGCGGAAGAUCAAGUCGGUGGUGGAGGACCCCAGGGUGCUGCUCCUCGACAUGUGAACUUUUGUCAACCCUGGGCCCACCGAACCAACCCCACGCCAACAGCAGCUGUACACACCUAAAAAAGAAACUUUACCAUAAUUGCAUUUAAUGUAUUGUCGUAUUGGUUAACUAGGAAAACGAGGAUUUGUUGUGCAACGGACAUGUGUAAGACCAGCGGUGCUGACAUGGUUGUGUGAUGGGCUCUGUGUUUUCAGGUGCUGGUCUCUUGAUCAAAGAAACAAAUGGAAAUAUUCUGUAACUUGUUCGCCAAAUGUCAUUUUCUACACAGAAUUUAAAAAAAAAAAAGGCAGAAAAAAAAUCCACUUAUUGUGAAAUGACAGGCAAGUAAAGAUGCAACUGCAACACAUUUUAUUAUUGUGGUUGACGGAAGAACAAUGAGCACAUAUUGGGCUAGAAAACAAGGAACACUAUGUUUUAAAAAAAAAAUCUCCAACGUGAAGGAAUCCUCAGAGGUUUGAAAUCCUGUUUUUGCUGUGUGAGAUAGAAUAUUUAAGAAAAAAAGGAAAGUUUUAAACAAUAAAAACUUCAUUACCCCACA